UCGGUAAUAGCGCUAAAUCUAGAUUUUAAUAGAAAAAUUAUUAACUUGUAAAAUAUAUCUUCGCGUUGUCUUUAUAAUACGGAAUGUGUUAUUAAUUUAUUGUGGACGUAGUACUCUUAAUGAUCACACUAAAAAGGUGGAAAGCGCAAAUAACAAAUUUAGGAAUAAACGACUAAGUGUGUGGAAUCGAAGCUAUACCUAACUCUGUCAAAUUAUUACAGAAAAUAGGUGGUUCUGCUUCUUAUUUUAUAUUUUGAUUAAAUAAGAACGAUUGUAUUUGAUCAUUUGCUUACAUUUAGAGGCAAUUAGUUUAUUCGUAUAAUUCACUAGAAUUGUUUUGUACUUGGACAUUUAAUAUUAUUAUAAAUAGCACUGUGACAGUUGAGGUUAGACAUGCGAGUUUCAUAAAUUAUAUCAAAAUUAACUUUCACAAAUAAAAUGUAAAUUAAAUCAGAUCAUUGUAGCUGUGAUAAUUAAUAUAUUAAGUCUCUUUAACAUAGAUACAAUAAUACAUAAUACAAUUCUGUGGUAACAACAUAAAACAAAAUGAGGCAACAAAUAGUCGAUAUGAAGAUGAGUUUCCAGGCAGUUGGAGAAGCCGACGAAUGUCUUUUCGAAUAUUUACAUACAGAAAUGGUUAAUUAUGUUUUGAGUAAAACAUGUAACAAAAAGGAAAAGGAAGAAGAACUCAGUCGACUCGAAUGGAUGGGAUUCAGUGUUGGCUAUAGAAUCAUUGAACGAUUAACAUGGGAAUGGAGUAGAUUCAAAGAUGAGCUGGAUAUGAUCAAAUUCAUUUGCACAGAUUUUUGGACCAGUCUUUACCAUAAACAAAUUGAUAAUUUAAGGACUAAUCACCAUGGUGUAUACAUAUUACAGGACAAUUCAUUUCGGUUAUUGGAUAAAGUAGGUACCAAUGGCAAUAAACAAUAUCUUCAAGAAAGUCCACGUUUACUAGCAUUCACUUGUGGACUUUUACGGGGAAGUUUAGCAAAUCUCGGAAUAAUUAGUACUGUUAAUGCUGAAAUUUCUACAUUACCAACUUGCAAAUUUCAUGUACAAGUACAGCAAAUGUAAUAAUUGUAACGUUGCUCUUAUAUCAAUACAGAUAUAUGAAAAUUUA